UUGCUUGCUAACACCCUGUCACUCUGUCCUACUGAAUCUCUGAAGCUCCAGGAAAACUCCUUCAUUCUUGUCCUGAUCUCCUCCUGUUUUAUAGGCUAGCCAGGUCAACCAUCUCUGUUAAGUGAAGAGUGCUUGCCCGAAGAGUUCAUCUUGGUCUUCAUACUUUUUACUCACCCGAUCCAGUUAUUCGGAGCAGCCUCCAAGGAGUUUCCAUAAGAUGCAGCACAUCAGAGAAAGCAUUCACAUACGCACUAUGAAGGCCAAGAGGAAAGUGGAGGAGAUCUCCAAAGAGGAUGUCCAGGCCUUCUUCAAGAAAAAUGCUUUUGUGCUCUUUACAGUUGGAGCAGUUGUUGUAGGUAUCAUUCUUGGAUUUGCACUGCGCCCCUACAAGAUGACUUAUCGCGAAGUGAAGUACUUCUCUUUCCCUGGAGAGCUACUAAUGAGAAUGCUUCAGAUGCUUGUCCUGCCUUUACUGGUCUCCAGUCUAAUAACAGGAAUGGCAGCUUUGGACAGCAAAGCCUCAGGGAAGAUGGGAAUGAGAGCUGUGAUAUACUACAUGACCACAACCUUCAUUGCAGUCUUCAUUGGUAUCAUCAUUGUGCUCAUCAUUCACCCAGGGAAAGGAUCAAAAGAUGAGUUUGGAAAGCAGCAGAUCAUAGAGCAAGUCAGUCCUGCUGAUGCCUUCUUAGAUCUGAUCAGAAAUAUGUUUCCACCAAACCUGGUCCAAGCCUGCACACAGCAGUUCAAGACCAAAUAUGGAAAGAAAACUGUUCAUGUGACAGUGACAGUGAAUGACACCCUCUUCAACUCAACCAAUGGAACGCAGGAGGUCAUGGAGAACACCAGGGAGGAAGUGAUCCCAGUGCCAGGUCAGGUGAAUGGGGUCAAUGCCCUAGGAUUGGUGGUCUUUUCCAUGUGCUUUGGUCUAAUAAUCGGGAACAUGAAGGAACAGGGUCAACUCCUGAGGGACUUCUUUGACAGCCUUAAUGAAGCCAUCAUGCGCCUAGUUGCCAUUAUCAUGUGGUAUGCUCCUAUUGGCAUUCUGUUCUUAAUUGCAGGGAAGAUUGUGGAGAUGGAUGAUCUGACACAGAUGGGUGGCCAGCUGGGCAUGUAUACCAUCACAGUCAUCAUUGGGUUGAUGAUCCAUGCUGUUCUCAUUCUGCCCACUCUUUAUUUUGCCAUCACUCGACAGAACCCUUUUAUCUUCAUUGCUGGGCUACUGCAAGCUCUGGUAACGGCCCUGGGGACGUCCUCCAGCUCUGCUACCCUCCCUGUCACUUUUAAAUGUCUGGAAGAAAACAACAAAAUUGAUAAACGGAUCACACGUUUUGUGCUGCCUGUGGGUGCCACCAUAAACAUGGAUGGAACAGCUCUGUAUGAGGCACUGGCAGCCAUCUUCAUUGCCCAGGUCAACAAUAUGGAGAUGAAUUUUGGGCAGAUCAUAACUAUCAGUAUUACUGCAACUGCAGCAAGUAUUGGAGCUGCUGGCAUACCCCAGGCUGGUCUGGUCACCAUGGUAAUUGUACUGACCUCUGUUGGACUUCCUACAGAUGACAUCACUCUCAUCAUUGCCGUUGAUUGGUUCCUGGACCGUUUGCGUACUACCACCAAUGUUUUAGGGGACUCGAUUGGAGCCGGCAUCGUGGAGUUCCUAUCUCGACAUGAGCUCUGCAGCAAAGAUGUGGAGAUGGGAAACUCUGUGCUAGAGGAGAAGGAAAGGAAGAAACCUUACAAGCUAAUCUCCCAAGAUAGUGAUAUUGAAAAUGACAAACGUGGUCACAGUGAAUCAAAUAUGUAGCUCAACCCUGAGCUUCUCUUACUGGGAUUAAUACCUGCAGCUGGUUCUGUUGUUGGGAGUAGGGACCUAAUUGUGAGAUGUUGUUGUCUUACAACUUACUUAUUUCACACCUUGGCUUUGUGAACAUGAAUUUUGUCAUGCCUUAAUUGUCAUGUCCCAGAGGUAAUACAUUUCUUAUGAUCCUUUUUCACGCUAAAUGAUCACAAAAAUCCUUUAAUAUAUUGUAUACAUGUAUUGUGUAUUUUAAAUAAAACUGGUAGUUGCUGUCUUGUAUGUUUGCUAUGUUAAUGAAUAUUUUUAUCAUGUAGAAGCUGAGGCAAAAAUAGGUUUUGUAUGCGUUCUGGAUAGAAGGUUUAAGAAGUGAAGUGAAAGUGUUUUUGGAACAAACCAGUAUAUAAGACAACAUAAAAUAUCUGCUGCUGUGUGCAAACAAGGAUGAAAACAUUGUGAAUAUCUUUAGAAAAUAUAUACUAACUCUUUAUUCCAUUUUUUCAGUGAUUAACUCAAACUGAUAACAAUCAGCUUUUAAACUUUCCAAGAUCAGUUAGUUAAUGUUAGACUUCUUUUUUUAUGUUCCAGUGGCACAUGUGGUACAUCCAGUGGCACACAUAGAACUCACCUGAAAGCAUGCCUUCAACCUUUGGUUGUGAGUGACUUGCUGAGAUUUUUUUUUUUAUUAUUUUAUUUAUUUAUUUAUGAAUUGCUUAUUUACUGUAAAUCAAAUAUUACUGAAUACUUUUAAAGAUUGUGUGUACGUCUGUGAUUUCAUUACAUAGGUCUGUAUUGAACUUGUGAAGGUAAACAUUUGGUGAAAGCAGUACAUAUUAAUUAUUUUGUUCAUUAUAACUAGUUUAUAAUGAGUUAAGUGAAAUAAACAUAAAAGAACA